CCUUGGCUCACCCACAUGUCCACUCCUCAUCGCUCCCGAGGCGACACCCUCGACAGCGCCGCCUCCUCCAGCACGCCCAGCCAUGACCCAACAAGCGUCUCCUCCUACCUGACGCCCGCCCAACCCCCCGUCUACGCCUCCUUCUCCCCUCUGACCCUCGCCACCUCCACCACCUCUCAGCCUAUCUCGGCAGCAAAGCGCCUCUCGACCAUCCUCGUCCACCAGAAAUCCCCUCUCCUCCUCGCCACUCCGCCGCAGGUCACCCGCGCCCUUGCCUACAGUCACCCGUUCCUGCUGCCGCUGAAUAAGCUGGCCGGAUUGCUGACCUGGACGACGGGAGACCCAUGGGAGAGCUUCCUGCUGGUCGGCCUGUUCUGGGCUGUCGUGCUCUACGGAGAUGUCAUCAUACGUUUUGCCGGCCCUGUGCUGUUGGUUUUCCUCCUCAUCGGGGGUAUGUACGGACGCCGCUUCAGCCCACUGAGUAGUUCAGGCUGGAGCGAGGACGGUGGGGCCGGCGGAGCGGCGCCUUCCAAGACGAAGACAAAGGCAAAAGGCAAAGGCAAGGGUAGCUCAGGCACAGACAACAGCAGCAGCAGCGGCUCGGGGCCUGCAGCAGCUACAGGAGCGGCAGCGGCAGCGUCAGCAGCAGCAGGAGGAGGUGGGACUGGGGGUCAUAGUCGAGGUCCCUCCGAAGUGACCAACACCAAGCACCAGAAGACGCUGGACGAGAUCGUCGAGACGCUCAAGGAGCUCACUGCACGGUGCAAUAUCCUACUGGAACCGCUGCUGGAGCUGACGGAUUCCCUCAGCACCCAGCGCACCGCGACGAGCGCCACUACGCGGCCCGCCCUGACGAGGUUGUUGGUUAGGAUACUGAUGUGCACGCCGUUCUGGGUGGCGCUCACGCUGCCCCCGUUCCGGAUCGUCACAACAAGGAGGGUUGUGUUGUGCUUCGGGACCAUAGUCCUCACAUGGCAUGCACGGGUGGUCAAGGCAGGGCGGACGAUACUCUGGCGCAGCGCGACCGUACGGCGGCUGGCGGCCCUGCUGACGGGGCUGGACAUCAGUAUCCCUGAGAAGCCUACCCCACCGGGCAAGAAGUCCAAGGCCCAGGAGGCCCUGGAGAAGUCGAUGAGCGCCAGCAACAAAAAGUCCACCGGACGCGCGUCAUCCAGCAAAGAGUCGGAGCUGACCAAGGCGAUCCGGCGAGCCCGUGGUGCGAAUGACGCCGGCGUCAGGUUCACGUUUAUCAUAUAUGAGAACCAGCGGCGAUGGGUCGGACUCGGGUGGACAAAUAGCUUGUUUGCUUACGAGAGGGCGGCGUGGACGGACGAGCACAACAAUCCAGUGCCCUCCAAGGACAAGUUUGAGCUGCCCGAGGUCGAGGACGACAGCACCAUGCGCUGGAGGUGGGUCGAUGGCGGCCGCUGGAGGGUGGAUGGAGUACCGGAUGAGGCUGUCUCGGACGGCGAUGGGGAGCGUGCGCCCUGGGAUUAUGAUGGAGAGGCCGGGAGGAAUGGAUGGGUCUACUACGAUAACAAGUGGCAAUCUGGCCGCCGCGGUCAAGAUGGCUGGGGCAGAUGGACACGACGACGUAAAUGGUACCGCGAUGCUGAGCUGGUUGAGGUCGGCAGUGAUGAUGAAGAAGAGGAAGAAAAUACACCAACCACCCGACAAGGUGCGGACGAGGAGGCCAAAGAACUACCAGCAUCUAAUACCCCAACACUUGGCGCUGAACGGCCGCCAUCUCUCCCGCCACGCCCAACAUUACCAACGCUGGCGCCCCCGUUCACGACCACCUCCGACUCAAUGAGCUCGACAGACCUCUUGGGCGACCGGAAGACUGACGGGCUGCAAGAGAUCAAGGAAGAAGGAGGCGAGGCCGACGACGUUGCCUCCGUGCUGUCGUCGUCGUCCCGGUCGAUGAGAUUCAGGAUGCCCUCACUGCGGAGGAGAGUGACAGACAGCAACCCACGGCAGCGGCGGUCCAGACGGACGAGCGAGGCACAGAGCGAGGAUGAGGCGGCGAGCCUAGAGCGCUUAGGUGUUGGGCUUGGCUCGCCGAGCAGCAGGGGCGGCGACAGCUGGGGAGUAGGCGAUGAGGUUGUCAUGGGGCUCGAAUAA